AUGCUUGCGAAUACAACGAGUCCUAUUCCUCCCGAAGCAUUUGUCUCGACAGAAACUUUUAUAGUUCACACCUCGAAGUCUGAAUAUCUUGGACAAAGCAUUCACAACCUCACUGGUUAUCCAGUCAUUCCAAUUAUCUACAAAAAAUUCCAAGAUGGUGAGUCGUAUUACCGUAUUAACAUCCCCGAGAGAACUUCAUUAGUUGGGCGUAAUGUAGUGAUUGUAUCUUCAAUAGUUGAUGACAUGGAGUUAUUAGAAGUUGUUAGAAUAGGUGGAGAACUUUCCGAAUUAGGCACCAAACGAAGAAUCUUUGUGAUUCCAUAUUUGAUGUACUCCACUAUGGAAAGAGCUGUUAAACCUGGCGAAGUAGUUACAUGUAAAUCGACGGUAAGGAUGUUAUGUGGUAUUCCCUCUUCUGGACUUGGUAAUCUCUUUAUGUUGAUGGACCUUCACACAAGUGGUAUUAUUCAUUACUUCGAGGGUACCGUACAGGCUAUGGAGUUAUAUGCGGAACCCGUCUUAGAAGCUACCAUAGCUCAAAACAUUGACUUCAAUGAGCCUUGCAUAUUUGGCUCGGCCGAUUUGGGACGACCCCUUUGGGUUGAAACCUUUGCUAACAAAUUCAAUGUCGGAAUGGCUUUCAUUCGAAAGAGUCGAUCGUUUGAAGAUACACAUGUUGUUGGAGAACCUAUAGGUGACGUUAAAGGAAAGCAUGUGAUCAUUUACGAUGACAUGACAAGAACGGCUGGAACAUUAAUUAAGGCGUGUAACGCUUAUUUGGACAAUGGUGCUAAAAAAGUGACUGCUGUGUUGACUCAUUUGUGUCUUAUUGAUGAAGUUGUCAUUCAAUCUGUUAUUGACUCAAGACUCGAUAAGGUCAUUGCUACUAAUACUAGUGUGAGAACACAAUUGCCUAAGAUACAGAACUCAAAGAAGUUCAUCAUAUGCGAUGUCUCACCUGUCUUCGCAAAUCAAAUCAAAGCCUGCCUUUCACACAUCUAA